AGCUACAAAAAUUCCCCCUUUCUCAGCUUGAGGUAUGAGGACCAGAGCGAGAGGAGCGGCGACAAGGGAAGCAAGCGGCACCAGACAGCGGCAGGGGAACAGGCGGUGGAUUCCGGGAUUAGAUCACAGGCUUAUAAGACAGACUAAGACGUUUUUCUUCUACAAUUUCCCUGAAAAUUGUGAGGAGAAAGAGUUAUGGUUCAGCUUUCAGAGGUGUGGAAAAGUGGUAGAUAUGUAUGUACCAAAGAAGCGUGACAAACGGGGGAAGAGAUUUGGCUUUCUACGCAUGAUAGGGGUGCAGAACGAUUACCAGAUGGUGAGGAGACUGAAUGAUAUCUGGUUUGGUUCAUACAAAUUGCGAGUGAAGAUAGCAGAGGAAAGAAGUAACGCAAGAGUAAAAGAUAAAGUUAUGGGAGACAGUAAACAACAUAGAGAAGACAGGAAGGUACAGCCAGGACAAUCUUAUGCUCAGGUGGUGAAGGGAAAGAAUCAGAAUCUCCAAGAUCGGCCGGAUUGUUCAGGAUCGCUGGAAGGGGAAGACAGGGGCAUCAUCCAAACGGUAAAAGAACCAUUUCAAGCGAGACAACUAAUCAGGAAGGAGGAAGUGGCAUCCAGCGACAGAUUAGUUGGCAAAAAAGGUAUGACGGAGUACAGAAGGGUGGAACCUCAAAAGGAAAAAAUGGAAUUCAUUCCGGAGCAGGAAGAGAUUCAGUGGCUUGAAGGAAGCUUAGUGGCGGUUGUGAAAUCAUUAUCAGUAGUAAAAGAUGUGCAGCAGAAAAUUGAGGUAGAUGGUGGGUUAAUCACGAUCUCACCAUUAGGGGGAAGGAGAGUACUACUAUCCGAACAUGAACCGGGAUAUUUACUUGAAUUUAUGACCCAUAAUAAGGAAUUAUUCGCCUUGUGGUUUGAAGAUAUCCUUCCAUGGGAUAAGCAAGGUCAGGAUAGAAGCAGAAUGGCUUGGUUACGCAUCAAUGGCAUACCGUUGAAGGCCUGGAGCGAUAGAUGCUUCAAGAUGAUCGGAGAAUCAGUGGGUGAGGUGGUGAAGAUUCAUGAGGAUACGUCAGCAAAAUCAAUUCUUUGUGAUGGGCGAAUUCUAGUCAUAUGUGGUGCAGAGCAUAAGAUUUCUAAACAGAUUGAUCUGAAAGUAGAAGGAAAAUGGUAUGGGAUACAAGUGGUUGAGGAAGAAUGGCGCUCCGACCCAGAUUGGUGGCUGACAGACGGUGACCGGCGGAAUAUGUCAGUAACGGAUUCGGAGUCUUCAUCGGAACAGAGUAAUGAGGAAGAUCAGGAUUGGAUCAAUCUUGAUAUGUGCGACGAAGAAGACGUUAGCAUUAAUGAAGAGCAAUUAAUGAAGGAAAAUCCCGGCAAGGCAAAUUCAAAUUUGAAAAAUAUAGUGGUAGAAAUGGAAAGUGAAGAUGCAGAAGCAAAAAAAGGGAUCAGAAGAGAAGUGGGUAGUGGGCCAUCCAAGGAUAAUGGGCCAUAUAAGGACAGUGGGCCGGUGGGAGAAAAAGGAAGUGGGUUGGGUGAUAAUAGUGACAAGGGAUGGGCUGAUAGUCAAGGAGAGAUGACAAGAGUUGGAAAGAAAGGGCCUAAAGUGGCUUUAGAAGGGGUUUCAUCUACAAACCGUGAUCUGGAGUUUAAGGAAACAGGGGGCAGACGGCGAAGACAAAUAGAAGAAUGCUACCCAGAAAAGGGCACGGUGCUUCGGACAUCAAAGAUGCAGGGGGCAAAAUCGAGUUCAAAGCGGCAUCAGAGAAGGAAAGCAGAUCUGAUUCCGGGUGCAGCGAGCCAGGUAAAUCUACUUGGUUGCUGUUCUGUGUCUGAUGGCUGUAUAGAAUUUAGAAACAACAUAAUUCGAAAGGAGUUGAUCUUGCAUGAGAGAGGGUGGAAGCAGGGGAGCGAAAGGGGAAGCGAGAUUAAUAGGGGUUUGGGCAAUAUGUUGAAGAGGAGGGAAGUAGGAAAAUUGGUGAGAAUGGAACAACCGGACUUUCUAUGGUUGCAAGAAACUAAGUUAGAAAAGGUGGAUGACAAUAUGUGUAGGAUGAUGUGGGAUUCGAGAGAAUUUGGCUGGGUAAUGAAGGAAUCGAUAGGAGCUUCAGGAGGAUUAUUGUGUUUUUGGAAUAAGGAGUACUUCACUAAGACAGGAGACUCCACGGGAGAUGGGUAUUUGAGAAUAUCAGGGGAGUGGGGAAUACAUAAGAUGAAGUAUAAUCUAGUGAAUGUUUAUGGUCCAAAUGAUAGACAGAAAAGGCUAAAGUUAUGGGAUGAGUUAAGGAUCAUGAUCACAGAAGAGGGAGGACGGUGGCUGAUUGCGGGAGAUUUCAAUGCUGUUAGAUGCCUUGAGGAAAGAAGGGGAAGAUCAGGGGAGAGCCCAGAUAUGAAGGAUUUCGACGGGUUUAUCCAAUCAGCUGGAUUAAUAGAUAUUAAAAUGGCUAAUAGGCGUUUCACAUGGUAUAGAUCAGAUGGCUCAGCCAUGAGCAGAUUGGAUAGAGCUUUGAUGAAUGCAGAGAUGUACAGUAUGAGUGCAGAGUGGGUGCAACAGGGCCUGAAACGAAAUAUUUCUGAUCACUGUGCAAUCGUGUUGAAAACAAGAACAGUGGAUUGGGGACCAAGGCCAUUCCGGGUUUUGGAUGCUUGGCAACUUCAUCCGAAUUUUAAGAAGGUUAUCGAGGAAAAGUGGAGUGCAAUGGAGGUCGAUGGAUUUGCAGGGUAUAAGUGUAAACAGAAACUAAAGAAGCUGAAAGACUUUUUAAAGGGGUGGAACCGAGAUGUGUUUGGGGACAUGGAAGCUCAAUACGAACAGGUGGUUAAAAAGGUGGAGCAUGUUGAUUUGAAAAAUGAAGAUGCUGAUUUGGAUGAAUUUGAGAUUCUACAUAGACAAGAAGGAUUUCAGAAUGUGUGGGAUAUUUUGAGGAAGAGAGAAGUGAUUUGGAGACAGAAGUCAAGAAGUAAUUGGGUUCGUGAAGGAGAUGCAAACACGCGAUUCUUCCAUAGAAUUGCAAAUGGGAGAAAGGCCCAAAACCGCAUCACAGGUUUAUGGUGUGAUGGUGUAUGGGUGGAAGAACCAGCACAAGUUAAGAAGGAGGUGGUUAACUAUUUUAGCAAACUUUUUCAAGGAGAUACGUGGAAUAGACCAAAGCCUCAAGGGGUUAACUUCAAGCAGAUUUCUUCAGAGGACAAACAGUGGCUAGAACGUCCUUUCUCCAUCGAGGAAAUAGAAGAAGGAUUGCGAAGUUGUGAAGGGUCUAAAGCUCCGGGCCCAGACGGGUAUAAUUUCUCUUUUCUCAAGUUUGCAUGGAAUAGUCUAAAGGAGGAUUUUAUGAGCUUCUUUCAAGAGUUUCAUAGGAAUGGUAGAUUGGUUAGUGGUUUGAACUCAUCUUUUCUAACCUUAAUUCCUAAAAAGCUUAACGCUGGGAAUUUAAAGGAUUAUAGACCCAUUAGCCUGAUCGGAUGUAUAUAUAAAUUGUUAUCAAAGGUGUUGGCUAAUAGACUUAAAGCUGUACUACCAGGGAUAAUCAGUGAAUCUCAAUCAGCUUUCUUGGGAGGACGUCAAUUAGUUGAUGGCGUCUUGGUGUUGAACGAGGUGGUGGAGGAAGUUAAAAGAAGGAAACAGCCGGCUUUUAUCUUUAAAGCUGAUUUUGCAAAGGCAUAUGAUUGUGUGGAUUGGACAUUUAUGGAAUGGAUGAUGGACAGAUUGGGAUUUGGAAUAAAGUGGAGAGGUUGGAUCAUGGAGUGCUUGUCGACUUCUAGAAUGUCAGUUCUAAUUAAUGGCAGCCCAACAGAGGAGUUCAAAGCUGGAAAAGGGCUUCGACAAGGUGAUCCGCUUUCUCCAUUCUUAUUUUUGAUGAUUGGAGAGGGAUUAAAUGGACUGGUCCAAAAAGCAGUGUCGGAGGACUUGUUGAAAGGUAUAGAGAUUGGCAGGAGGGGAUUAGCUAUUUCUUUACUUCAAUACGCAGAUGACACUAUAAUUAUGGGAAAAGCUGACACAGAGAAUAUUUUUAUGGUCAAAACAAUUCUGAGAUGGUUCGAACUAAUGUCUGGUCUGCAAAUUAAUUUUAGCAAGAGCAACAUUUAUGGGUAUAAUGUGUCAGAGAGAUGGGUUGAAGGAGCAGCCAGCAUGUUGCGAUGUGGAGUUGGGAAAUCUCACUUUUGUUACUUGGGUAUGCCUGUUGAUGGAAAUCCUGGGAACAAGAGGUUAUGGGAGCCGCUUGUUAAUAAAUUUCGAAACAAACUUGCUGUCUGGAAAGCUACUUCGCUGUCCUUUGGUGGCCGCCUCACUAUGCUUAAUUCGGUACUUUCUGCUCUACCCAUUUUUUAUAUGUCGCUGUUCUUAAUUCCAAAUUCUGUGAUGAGUAAAUUGAUUAGUAUUCAGAGAAAUUUUUUAUGGGGAGGGGUAGAGGGACAGAGGAAAAUCUCGUGGGUGAAAUGGGAUAAGGUGUGUGGGAGUAAGGCAAAAGGGGGUUUAGGAGUUGCGGAUCUUCGUAGGAAGAAUUGGGCUUUGCUAGGUAAGUGGUGGUAUAGGUUUGGAGAGGAUGUGGAGAGCUUGUGGAAACGGAUAAUAACGGAGAAAUAUUAUGGGGGCAAGAGAGAGGAGGUAGACAUUACAGCUGUUGGGAAUUGGAAGACGUCAAAAAUCUGGAGAGAUAUUAUCAGCGUAGGGGGUCGUUCUAGAAGGCUUAAAAAUAUGUUGGUGGAGGGUUUUAGGUGGGAAGUGGGGGAAGGGAAACGGGUAACAUUAGAGACUUGGGGGUAUGGGAAGGGGAAAAAUGGAGUUGGAAAUUGGAAUGGAGGAGAGGGAGAAUAGGACGAGAGAAGGAUGAGGAGGAGGUGUUGAGGGAGGUGCUGGAUAGUUUUCAAUUAAAGAAGGGGGUGAAAGAUUCUUGGAGGUGGACUCAUGAUUCGGGAGGAAUUUUCAUAGUGAGGAAGGCUUAUGAAUUUUUAGCCUCUACAGAGAGUAUUUUAGAGGACCAUUUGUGCAAGAUUAUUUGGUGUCGAUUAGUGCCAUCCAAAGUGUCUUUCUUUGGAUGGAGAUUAUGCCUUGAUAGACUACCUACUAAAAGGAAUAUUAUGAA